AUGUCAACCAAAAAUAACCCGGGCGGCCCAGGCACCUCCUCCCCCUGGAACGCCGCAGGGCCGGCCUUCGCGCCCAACACCAACACGCUUGACCGCGAGAGCAUGCCCUCUUCACAAGCGGAAGCCGCAAGGUUAAAAUCCGCCGCCGUGAUGGCGGCCUUGAAGAAUGGGGAUAAAGGUGAGGCGGAUCGGUUGAUGGGGAAGGAGAAUAAGCCGCAGGGACAGUUGAUUCCGAGGGGGAGUGGGGAUGUGAAGGGGUGGUGGAAGAAGAGGUUCGGUGGGGGGAGGAAGGGGGAUGGGGAUGGGGAGAGUGUGGCGAGUAGUGGGGUUGAGAAGGAGAGGGUGGUUGUGGAGGGAAAGUAG